AUGAUUGAUGUCAUGCAUUCAAAUGGGAGGCCCAUGAACCAAGCUGAGAAAAGCUUGGACCCUCAGCUAUGGCACGCCUGUGCCGGUGGCAUGGCCCAAAUCCCACACCCAAAUUCCAAAGUCUAUUACUUUCCUCAAGGCCAUGCUGAACAUGCCUAUAUGAAUCUAAAUCUGAAUAAGCUCCCAAAAAUUCCACCCCUUGUACAUUGUAGAGUGUCCUCAAUCAAGUAUCUAGCCGACAGGGAAACCGAUGAAGUGUAUGUGAAAAUUCGAUUAGUCCCCUUGAAGGAAAAUGAAUUCGAGCUCGCGAACGAUGAAUUCGAAAAAAAUGGGGCGGCUUUGGGGUUCGAAAAGUACGACGACGAUAAGCACAAAACCACCGAUUCUUUCGCAAAGACGCUAACUCAGUCGGAUGCGAACAACGGCGGGGGGUUUUCGGUUCCUCGAUACUGUGCCGAGACGAUAUUUCCUCGGCUCGAUUACUCGGCCGAGCCCCCGGUUCAGACAAUCUUGGCUAAGGAUGUUCAUGGGCAGAUUUGGAAAUUCAGGCACAUUUACCGUGGUACCCCUCGCCGCCACCUCCUCACCACCGGUUGGAGCAACUUUGUGAACCAGAAGAAGCUCGGUAAUGCAAAUAAUUGUGAAUGCGUCAUUGAGGCGGUAAGCCUUGCGGCUGGCGGACAGGAGUUUGAGGUUUUCUAUUACCCGCGUGCAAGCACGCCGGAGUUCGUGGUAAGGAGUCGGGCGGUAAGGGCAGCUAUGGGGGUGAGGUGGUGUCCUGGGAUGAGGUUUAAGAUGGCGUUCGAGACGGAGGAUUCGUCCCGUAUAAGCUGGUUUAUGGGGACAGUAUCGUCUGCCCAGGUGGAGGACUCGGUUCGUUGGCCCAAUUCACCUUGGAGACUUCUUCAGGUGGCAUGGGACGAACCCGAUUUGCUGCAGAAUGUGAAGCGGGUCAGCCCGUGGCUGGUCGAACUUGUAUCGAAUUUGCCUCCGAGCUUCCUCCCUCCCCUCUCGCCUCCGAAAAAACGGACCCGCCUAACCCAUCCUUAUGAAUUCCCACUCAAUACCCCCACACUAUUCAAUAGUAAUCCCCUUAGUCCCAGUAGCCCUUUGUGCUGUUCAGACAACAUUAUUGCAGGUGUACAGGGAGCCAGGCAUGCACGAUCAGGACCGACCGAUCUGAAUCUGCAAAUGAGACUUCAGCCGUUUGAUUUCAAACUCCUCAGCUACGUGGGCCCACCGGAAAACAAAAAAUUCACUAAAAAUAAUGAUGAUGUAAUAAGGAAAACGCCGGGUGGGCUUGUUCUGUUCGGCCAGCCGAUUCUCACCGAGGAACAAAUUUGUAGAAGCUACACACACACAGAGGGGAAUAGUUUUUCAGAUGGCAAUCAAGAGAAUAUGACAAAUGGGUCCAACGAGUCUUGCUCGGGUUCGGCAAAUAUUCACCACUUUCUGGGCGAACCCUCCUCGGAUGGAGAGAAUGGAGGUGUCGUCGAGCAAUGUCCUGUAUAG